GAGACAUCCUGCUGGAGGCGCUAUGCAGACACAUGUGAGCAAGGUCACACCACACGGUGUACCACUCUGCUGUCUGCUGCUCCUCCAACGCUGCUGCAGCUGCACGUCGUCUUCUCUACAGUACCUCCUCUCCUCCUCCUCCACCACACUGUCGCACACACACAGCAGCAGCCAUCAUGGCCGACAGCGCUAGCGAGAGCGACACCGACGGAGCGGGCAGCAGCUCGGCCACUCCGAUGUCGUCCUCCGCUUCAAACUCAGGCAAACCGAGCAUAGUCAUUUCACAGUUCCGCUUGGAGGAACUCACGAACCGCUUGGCCUCUUUACAACAGGAGAACAAAGUGCUUAAGAUUGAGCUGGAGACGUUCAAACUGAAGUGCAAAGCGCUGCAGGAGGAGAACCGGGACCUCCGCAAAGCGAGCGUCACCAUUCAAGCAAGAGCGGAGCAGGAGGAAGAAUUUAUCAGCAACACCUUGUUCAAGAAGAUCCAGGCCCUCCAAAAGGAGAAGGAGACCUUGGCGGUCAACUAUGAGAAGGAGGAGGAAUUUCUCACCAAUGAACUGUCAAGGAAACUCAUGCACCUCCAGCAUGAGAAGGCAGAGUUGGAGCAGCACUUGGAGCAGGAGCAGGAGUUCCAGGUCAACAAGCUCAUGAAAAAGAUCAAAAAGAUGGAGAAUGAAACCAUCUCAAAGCAGCUAACCCUGGAACAGUUGAGGCGGGAGAAGAUCGACCUUGAGAACACAUUAGAGCAGGAACAAGAAGCCCUGGUCAACAGACUGUGGAAACGCAUGGACAAACUGGAGGCUGAGAAAAGAAUCCUUCAGGAGAAGUUGGACCAGCCUGUAUCAGCUCCUCCCUCCCCAAGAGACGUUUCCAUGGAGAUAGACUCACCAGAGAACAUGAUGCGGCAUAUCCGUUUCCUUAAGAAUGAGGUGGAGAGGCUUAAGAAAAGCCUGCGCACCACCGAGCUGCAGCACACAGAGAAGCGUGCCCAGUACAUAGAAGAGGAGCGACACAUGAGGGAGGAGAACAUCCGGCUGCAGAGAAAGCUUCAGAGAGAAAUGGAGCGCAGGGAGGCCCUGUGCAGACAACUGUCAGAGAGUGAAUCCAGUCUGGAAAUGGACGAUGAGAGGUACUUCAACGAGAUGUCUGCGCAAGGCUUGCGAGCGAGGACUGUGUCCAGCCCCAUCCCAUACACCCCCUCCCCCAGCUCCAGCCGACCCAUAUCUCCUGGUCUCUCAUAUGGCAGCCACACAGUUGGUUUCACUCCUCCAGCUACACUGUCCAGAGCUGCAAUCUCCCACUACAACACCCCCGCCCUGCACGUCCACGGAAGCUCCUCUCACGCCGUAGCGAGGCCCUCACCAAGACGAAGCAACAGCCCCGACAAAUUCAAACGUCCAACUCCCCCACCCUCCCCCAACACGCACUCAGGGGCCCAGCAGGCUCAGCCUCAGCUACCCCCACCAGCUCAGCCCAUGGUCCAGUCCAUGUCCUCCCCGGCAGCUAUGUCGCAGCACGCAGCACAGCAGCCUCCCUCCCAGCCUUAACGUGACACACAGUCUCUGUCUUUGCGCGUGAGCGCGCCCACCGAAUGCCACGACGCUACCGCAACAGCAGCUUCCAUCAUUACCAGCUCUGGAAGUUUCUUACUCUUUACCAACUCCACAAAAGAAGCAGCUUCAAAAAGUCUUAGAGGGGGGGAACGAAACAAGACGGCGGCUCACCCUCGGCGAAGCUCGCCGCCUGCCAAAUCCACACGUGGCGUUACUUAACUACUCUUAAAAGGAAUGGAUGGACUGAAAAAUCAUCGCUUCUGGGAUUUGUAGGCCAAUUAUCUGUUCCACCUUCUGUCUUGUACAUGAUGUUUUAUUUUUUUUCUUUGCUUGGGACUUUAGCUGGUUGGAAUUGAUGUUGUGGCGCUUCUGAGAUAGCACAAACAGCACAUAAAGUAUGUUUCAUGGUGGUGUUUUCCGAUAGGUUGGAUGUUUGGAUCAAUGGAUGGAUGUAUGGCUAGAGAAAUGGACGAAGUGAUAGAUGGAUGUGGUUGAUUCUUUUCAUGCCUAUAAUAUGACACUUGAUUGCAGUAAUGUACUCCACUCCAGCUCACCCCCACCACCCCUUUUGUCUGCAGCAGUGUCAACCAGUCACCCCAACCCCAAGCUUAACGCAGCUUUGAUUAGGUCAACAAGAGGUGUCUGUCUUAGAGGACUGCUUGGACUUUCUCCAUUAUCGGGCAUUGAUCAAACCGAGCUCGCGCCAUAGUUAUUUCAGUUUCCGAAUGCAUUCAGGGCUCUGCUGCUCUUCAGUUAAAACAAAAAAGGAAAAACAGCAUCCAGGAGGAUGGACACUGGUACAUAAAACCACAGAUAAAUGUCGCCUUUUGAGGUGUUUUAAAAAUGUAGUCUGAGGUGUUACAACUUAGUCAUGUACUCAGUCUCUCCCCUUUCUGCUCUGCUCUUCUCUUCUUUCUCUCUCUCUCUCUGUCUCUCUCUCCCUCUCUCUCUUUCUCUCUCUCUCUUUCACUCUGGUGUAUUUCUGAAAGCUUCUAUCAUCCUUGUGGAUAUUCCUCAUCAGAAAAAGGAAAAAAAACAUAACGCUCUUUACACUAAAUAUACAUACUGCUAAAACAUUCUAAAUGAAUGGUACUGUUGAACUAAAUUUCUAUGUAUGAUUAAAGCUCUUGAGAUGACGA